AUGGACAAAUUACAAAUAAAGAAUCAGAAUAAAGUAAAGCUCUCGGAAGAGAAACCGACGACAAGCAAAACACCUGUUGCUAUUGCUCCAGAGAUUCUUACAUCUAAGAAAGAUGGAAGUGAAGUGAUUUCUCUCAGUCUUACCGACCAAAAUCAUAACAAUAAACCAGGUACAAAUUACAACAAUCGUACUAAUGGUAAGCCGAGCGGUAUAGGUAUAGAUAUCCGCAAGAAACAUGCUGGCGAUUAUCAAGCUACGAAUGAUGGAGCAACAAAGCCAUUGGAUUCGAUGAUCGUCGAUACUCAGCCGAUACAGAAAUCAUGGCAAACAGUGAUGACCGGAGCUAAAGAGUAUCAGCAAUACCAUCAUCAAGUUAUGGCACACAUGCUGCAGAAUGGAUAUUCACCAACUUACGUGCAGAUCAUUGCAUUUAAGAUGAUGACAGCAUCUGUAGUACGAUCACAAGUAACUGAAGCAAGUACUGACUUCGAAAUGCGACGUGGGAAACCUUGCUACUGGAAAGGCGAAUUACCACCUCGUAAUUACUGUAAUCCAGUGUUCUCCAGCAAAGUUUUCAUUGGUGGUGUUCCGUGGGAUAUUACAGAACCUGCACUUCUUGACUCAUUUUCGAAAUACGGUUCGUGCAGAGUAGAAUGGCCUAGUAAAGAGUCGCGCCAUGCACGCAUAAAUCCACGACGGGCCAAAAUUACUGGUUACGUAUAUAUGAUUUUCGAAAAUGAUCUGGCGGUGAAGAAACUGUUGCAAGAUUGCUCUCAAGAGUUUGGAACAGCUGGUGAAUGGUAUUUUAAGUUGACAGCACGACGAGCCAGUGGAUUAGAAAUCAGACAGGUGCAAGUUAUUCCAUGGGUAAUAACAGAUGCCUCAUAUAUUCUCAAUCCGAAUAUUCCUCUGGAACCCAAGAAGACAGUAUUCGUUGGAGCCUUGCAUGGCAUGAUUACGGCACAGGUUCUAUUUUCCAUCAUGAGAGAUGUCUACGGUGAUGUACUUUUCGUUGGAAUCGAUACAGAUCGUCAAAAGUAUCCUAUAGGCAGUGCACGAGUCACGUUUUCAACUCAGUCAGCUUAUUUCCGUGCGAUCGAAUCCGGUUAUCUUGAAAUUCACACUUCGAAAUUCACCAAAAAAGUACAGAUUGAUCCAUUCCUGGAAGAUGCCAAAUGCUCGCAGUGUGAAUGUGUUCAGGGUCCAUAUUUUUGCCGCGAAAAAAGCUGUUUCAAGUAUUUUUGUCUUCAAUGUUGGGAGGUCCGUCAUGCACUGACUGGUCCGUAUGGUGGCCAUAAACCAAUGAUUCGCACACAUCGUCGAUCGGUGCAGUCGGAAUCUUACAUCUCGUACAGCGCUGCUAAUUGCACUGUUUCAUAUGAUCCACGCACCGUUGUAUCGCGACAGUAUUUUGGCACUGUUACAUCUGAGAUUGGGAUUCAAAUGAAUAUACGACCGCCAAUUCCUGAGCAUAUUACAAAAAUUGCCAAACCUCCAAGUGUGAACCUGACGUUUAGACAGCCAACAUAUCUGUUGCCUACUUAUCCCAACCAGCCUCUUAAGCAAGUGCAGGUAGGCACACCUGCAAAUCAACCUCCUAUCGUUUGGGUGCCACCUACAAAUCAACCUCCCAUCUCUUCAUAUGAAAGCAGGUUAAAAGCACGAACUCUAAAUUCAUUCCGUUGCGUUCCAUGCAUUGUUUCAAACUCCUCAGGCACUCGCAAUGGACACGACCACAGUGACUCGUCUCUUCGUAUGGAAAAUAUUGCUGACGGAACGUUAUCUGCGGCGUCCAUGUCAUCGAGCUCUCCGAGCGUUGAAACUGUUUCAGCCAAUGCUCUGUAA